GAGCUUCCUCUUUCUUCCGCCGCCCCCACCCCCAGCUGCGCCCCACUGCGGGCUCGGGCCGGGGGCCGAGGAAGAUGCGGCUCUACCGGUGGCUGCUGAAGCAGCCGGUCCCCAAGCAGAUCGAGCGCUACUCCCGCUUCUCUCCGUCGCCGCUCUCCAUUAAGCAGUUCCUGGACUUCGGACGUGACAAUGCGUGUGAGAAGACAUCAUACAUGUUUUUACGAAAAGAGCUUCCAGUGCGACUGGCUAACACAAUGAGGGAAGUCAAUCUGUUGCCUGAUAACUUGCUGAGCCGACCUUCGGUAGGGCUGGUGCAGAGUUGGUACAUGCAAAGCUUUCUUGAACUUUUAGAAUAUGAAAAUAAGAGCCCUGAGGACCCACAAGUUUUGGAUGACUUUUUACAAGUUAUGGUUAAAGUCAGAAACAGACACAAUGAUGUGGUUCCUACCAUGGCACAAGGGGUGAUUGAAUACAAGGAGAAGUAUGGUUUUGAUCCUUUCAUUAGCAGUAACAUCCAGUAUUUUCUGGAUCGGUUUUAUACCAACCGCAUUUCUUUCCGCAUGCUUAUUAACCAGCACACACUUCUUUUUGGUGAUGACCCUAAUCCUGCACAUCCUAAACACAUUGGGAGUAUUGACCCCACCUGUAAUGUAGCUGAGGUAGUGAAAGAUGCAUAUGAAACAGCCAAGAUGCUUUGUGAACAGUAUUAUAUGGUAGCCCCAGAAUUGGAAAUUGAAGAAUUCAAUGCAAAAGCUCCAGACAAGCCUAUUCAGGUAGUUUAUGUACCCUCACAUCUGUUUCACAUGCUGUUUGAAUUGUUCAAGAACUCAAUGAGAGCAACAGUAGAACUUUGUGAAGACAGAAAAGAAGGCUACCCAUCUAUUAAAACUCUAGUAACAUUGGGCAAAGAAGAUUUAUCCAUUAAGAUAAGUGACCAAGGUGGUGGUGUUCCACUGCGAAAAAUAGAUCGUCUAUUUAACUAUAUGUAUUCAACUGCUCCCAGACCUAGCCUUGAACCAACAAGAGCAGCACCUUUGGCUGGAUUUGGCUAUGGAUUGCCCAUUUCCCGUCUUUAUGCCAGAUACUUUCAAGGAGACCUAAAACUCUAUUCAAUGGAAGGAGUGGGUACUGAUGCUGUAAUUUAUUUGAAGGCUCUUUCAAGUGAAUCAUUUGAGAGGCUUCCAGUAUUUAAUAAGUCAGCAUGGAGGCAUUACAAGACCACACCUGAAGCUGAUGACUGGAGCAAUCCUAGCAGUGAACCCAGGGAUGCUUCAAAAUACAAGGCCAAAAUUGACAAGAUCAAGACAAAUCGAACUUUCUAGAGAAAUGGCUGCAUUUGUCCUGUUCUAUGAAGAUUGUAUCUUCUGCAAGUUGACCAGAGAGCGCUCCUUACCACCACAUCUUGGGGGGGGGUGGCACCCUAGCUAUUCCAGGGCUUGAACAUAUAUUUUCACUGAACCAGCUGGAGCUUUUCCAUGGACCCUGUCCUGUAGCUAAUCCAGCUCUUCCACUAAAACAAUAACCUGAGUGCUUUUCACAACACCUUGGUGUGGUUAGCUGUUUUGGGGGUGAGAAGGUUGAUGAGAGUCUGGCACAGGGGAGUAUGAUGCCUUAUAUACCUCCCCUGUCUUUCUGCCGUCCUCUCUCAUUACUCUAGAGUCCACUGCCUAUACUCCCUACCCACAGGAGCUUCCACUUCUGUCCUAAGCCCAGAGUGCUGUGGUGUUUUGUGUUUGCAGCUGGAUUCCAGGCUCUUCUCAAACCACUGACUAGGACCCAGAGAUACUGAGGAGUGAAGUCAUCUGCGGGGGCCUCAUCAGUGGGGGAUUCCUUUCCCAAAGCCUUGACCUUUCCUUUCUCAUUCCACAACCACCUACUUCCCAAGUGACUCAGAUACUUCCUUCCUUCCCUCCCUACCUGUUUUCUCUAUCACCUUGUCAGGUGCUAGGACUUUCAUGUUAGAAAGGAAUCUCACCCAUAAAUGCAAUUGAUUUUCUAUUUAAUUUGUACACUGCCAUUCUGUUGAUUAAAAGUGUUCCAAAAGUUGU